GAUGUACAUAUAAGUUUGUUGAUCCUAAACAUUAAAAUAUCACGUUUUUCCGAACAAUUGUAAUCAAAUUCGUGGGCUGGUAACUCUAGGAAAAUAAGUUGAAUUAAUGUCAAACAUUCAGAGAAAGCUAGAGUCCUUUUUCAAUAAUAUAUUUAUAUUUUGGUAUAUUCAAUUAAAAAUAAUAAAAUAAAUAAUAAAAAAUUGAAAAUGGCAAAGGUCGAAUUGGAUCCAAAUCUUAGCAUAAUGGAGCAAAUACAAGUGCUCAUAAAACCACCACCAAGUGAAGAUGAGAAAAUAACAUUACGUCCAACAAAUUCAAAACAUCCUUAUUAUAAACGACCUGGAAGAGGGCACAAUCAUGAUUUAUGUGAUGCUUGCGAGGAAGGAGGUGAUUUACUUUGUUGUGAUAGAUGUCCAUCUAGUUUUCAUUUACAGUGCCACGAUCCUCCACUAAAUGAAGAGGAUAUACCAAUUGGACAGUGGUUAUGCCAUAGUUGUCGGAUGACUUUAAAAACAGCACCAUCAUCUAAAGCAAAUUCUGUUGAACGCACUCUAUCAACAACAGCACUUUCAAGCAAUCGACGAGAUAGUACGCGACCGAAUACACCUUUUACAAUAGGUACUGAUGUGGAAACGAACUCCGUUAAGGCUCGAAAUCUACGUAAAAGGAGUGUUAGCAAUGCUUCAUUUAGCAGUGAUCCAAGCAAUACUGAAAAAUAUUUAACAAAAUUACCCUUUGGUAUACAACAGGCUUUGGAUCCAAAUAAAAAACCAACACCAUUAGAUGAACUAAUUAAAGCAGCAAGUAUUUUGAAUCCGAAGCAAUUCGAACUGCCGAGAGAACUGGAGAUACAUUCGCAGUUUCCUGGCAAUGAUAAAGUUGAACCUAUAAGAAAUAAUGGAAACAGCAAUAAAAAAGUUAAUAUACGCCGUAAUUCAAAACCUUAUGAAUUAGAUUCACAAGGCUUAGUACCUCUUCCAGCUAAAACCUGUUUUUAUUGUCGGAAGUCCUGUAAAAAAGCCCCGCUCGUGGCAUGCGAUUAUUGUCCGCUCUUUUUUCAUCAAGAUUGUUUAGAUCCUCCAAUGACAGCACUUCCAACCGGAUUAUGGAUGUGUCCAAAUCAUGUAGAAAAUUUUAUAGAUCGUAAUUUGGUGAGCAGCAUUUCGCUUACGGAACGCGUACGUCUUUGGGACAAAUUUUCGAAACCGUUUGAUCAUGAAGCUGUAAAAAUGGAGUUUUUUCGUCGUGUACAUAUGCGUAAUCCCCCAUUUCGUAUAAAAAUUCCAGUGCAUCCGCGGGAAUCAAUUGAAAUUCCUCCUAUGGUUAGAUAUCAUUAUGACAACCCUCCACCCCUACUGCCAUCUUUAAAAGAAACACUUCGUUAUGAUAUAGUCAAAAGACGUAAAGGGCUCUGUAAUAAUUCAUCGAACCAAGCACCAGUAGAAAGCGUAGCCGAAUCGUUAGUUAAAGAUUUGGAAGCCUUGCAAAGUGCUAAGGCAAAAUUUCGGGAAAUACAAAAGGAAUUGGGUAAUGCAAUAGAUUUAAGUAGUAGUGAUGAAGAUGAAGCGAAAAGUGUUGAAAACAAAGAAACAGAGCAAAGUAAUGAAGGUGAGGAAAAUCAAAAUGAUGCAAAAACAACUGCAAAUAUUAAAGAUAAAACACAAAAGAGCAACAAAAAACGUACAAAACGAAUUGAAGAUUCAACUACAAAAACAACAGAGGAUAAGUUAGAAGAUACAAUAAAACGAGAUGAAAAAGAUGAGAAAGAUGAACUUGAAAAAGAAGAAAAAGUUAAAAGUGAGUCUGACGAUAUUGACGAUGAGCUUGAAAGAAAAAUUGAUGAAGAAUUACGAUGUUUAGAUGUUUCCUUAAUAAAAAAAUUAGCCUUCCAACGUGUACAACAAAUCAUUAAAGAGUAUCCAGAACUAGUAGUACAAUAUCAAAAUCGAUCUGCGUCAAAGAAAAUAAGAGAAAUCACAAAAAGUUCAAUAGAUUCAAAAUUACCAUCAGAAAUAUUGGCGCCAGAAGAUGUCCGCGGUCUUGCUAUAAUGUUUACUGGUGAAUCUUCAUCACUAUUACUAAAGGACCAAGCGGCUAUGAAAGAACAAGCAUUAUUAGAUAUAGAUCCAGUUUUAGGAACUGCUGCUGCGAUAGCUGCCGCUGAACAAGAGGUACAAAAAUAUAUACCCAAGAUUUGGACAGAUGAAGAAAAAGUCUAUGAUAUAGCAACACGUUUACAAAUAAAAUUUGUUGAAGCAAAAAUUAGAGCGCGCGGAGUACUAACGCCAUUAUAUGACUCACUUGACGAUAACCUUUGGUUUGGUAAUAUAGAAUUGCAAUCGUCAUUUUUUAUGCGAUAUAGAAGCAUAAAUAUAGGAUUUGGUAGUUCAACACUCGAUGUAAAUCUUUCUAUGUAUGGUAGCUGCAGGCGCAUUUCACCGAAACAUGCAACCAUAUUCUAUGAUGAUUUUGCGAAAUCUUUCGAGUUAAUUAAUUAUUCUGAAUUUGGUACAGAGAUUAAUGGACAACUGUAUACCUGCGAUUUUGAAGAAAGUGCAAUCAUCCCAGCAAAAAAAUACAAACACGAAAAUCUGGAAGUGCAAAAACGUGUACAAGAACUGCUAGAUACGCGACGAGGAAUAAAAAGGCAUUACUAUGUUUGCGACGAAAUAUCAACAAUGGCACCCCCACAUCAGACAGUGUGCAAAUGUUCGUCGUUAGUGAAUCCAGCGAUUUCACCUGCUGCUUGGGAAGGUACAGCUUUACUAAAACACGGAUCUUUAAUAAGAUUCGGUUGUAUGUCAUUUGUUUUCUCAAUACCUGAUUUUGGAUUUUGUUGUGGACAAGAUUAUUGAUCGAUUGAAGAGAUUAAUUAGAUUAAUUGAUUAGGAAAACAGACGUUAUUGUUGCAAUAUUUACGCUAUUGCAACUGGUUGUUAUAUAAAUAGUACAAGAGCAUAAUUUAUACAAAAUGUAUAUUUUUAUUAUCAUUUUAUUUAGACUUCUUCCUUAUUUUUUUUAAAAUGAUUGGCCUUUUUGUACCUAACGACUUCUUUUCAUUGUUUUAUUAGUAACUACUUGCUUAUUUAUAGUUUUUAGCAAUUUAAUAAUUUUAACUUAAGAAUUCAAAAUGCAUGUAUUUAAAAUUCUCAUAUAAGCCGUUUUAAACUAAAUUAUUUGAAUACUGU